GGCCGCCGGCCGUGAAGUGGGCGUCACCGCCCCGCGGCCCUCAGGGACCCGCCCAGCCUGGCCGUGGCGCCUGCGCUGCGCCGCCCCCUGGCGGCUGUGGGGCGGGACCGUCGCUGCGGCGCGGGUGGCAGGCAGCGCGGCGCUGCGGGCUGGGCGCAGCGGCAAGAUGGCGGGGCGGUCUAUGCAAGCAGCAAGAUGUCCCACGGAUGAACUGUCAUUAACCAACUGUGCUGUGGUGAAUGAGAAGGACUUCCAAUCUGGGCAACAUGUUGUUGUGAAGACUUCUCCCAACCACAAAUACAUUUUCACGCUGAGAACGCAUUCCUCAGUUGUUCCUGGCAGCAUCGCGUUCAGCUUGCCCCAGAGAAAAUGGGCUGGCCUUUCCAUCGGACAAGAGAUAGAUGUUUCCUUAUACACUUUCGACAAGGCUAAGCAGUGUAUUGGCACAAUGACAAUUGAGAUAGAUUUUCUGCAGAAGAAGAACAUUGACUCCAACCCCUAUGACACAGACAAGAUGGCUGCUGAAUUCAUCCAGCAGUUCAACAGCCAAGCCUUCUCAGUGGGCCAGCAGCUUGUGUUCAGCUUUAAUGACAAACUUUUUGGCCUGUUGGUAAAGGACAUGGAAGCUAUGGACCCCAGCAUUCUCAAAGGAGAGUCUGGAGCAAGCAAAAAGCAGAAGAUUGAGGUUGGUUUAAUUCUUGGAAACAGUCAAGUCGCCUUUGAAAAAGCUGAGAAUUCCUCUCUCAAUCUGAUCGGUAAAUCAAAGACCAAGGAGAACCGCCAGUCAAUCAUCAACCCAGACUGGAAUUUUGAGAAAAUGGGCAUUGGGGGCCUUGACAAAGAAUUCUCAGAUAUUUUCCGGCGAGCUUUUGCUUCUCGAGUUUUUCCACCUGAAAUUGUGGAGCAAAUGGGCUGCAAGCAUGUGAAAGGCAUUCUCUUGUAUGGACCUCCAGGCUGUGGUAAAACACUUAUGGCGAGACAGAUUGGCAAGAUGCUGAAUGCCAGAGAACCAAAGGUGGUCAAUGGUCCAGAAAUCCUCAAUAAAUAUGUGGGCGAAUCUGAGGCCAACAUCCGCAAGCUGUUUGCUGAUGCAGAAGAAGAACAAAGAAGGCUUGGAGCAAACAGUGGUGUGCAUAUCAUCAUUUUUGAUGAGAUUGAUGCAAUCUGCAAGCAGAGAGGAAGCAUGGCGGGUAGCACUGGAGUCCAUGAUACUGUUGUAAACCAGUUGCUGUCUAAAAUUGAUGGAGUAGAGCAGCUCAAUAACAUCCUAGUGAUUGGAAUGACCAACAGACCUGACCUGAUUGAUGAGGCUCUGCUGAGACCAGGGAGACUGGAGGUGAAAAUGGAGAUUGGCUUGCCGGACGAGAAAGGUCGAUUUCAGAUUCUUCAUAUCCACACAGUACGGAUGCGGGAACACCAGCUGCUGGCUGAAGAUGUGGACAUUGCAGAACUGGCAGUUGAGACUAAAAACUUCAGUGGUGCUGAAUUAGAAGGUUUAGUUCGAGCUGCUCAGUCUACUGCUAUGAACAGACACAUUAAGGCCAGCAACAAAGUGGAAGUGGAUAUGGAGAAGGCAGAGAGCUUGCGUGUGACAAGAGGAGACUUCUUUGCAUCAUUGGAGAAUGAUAUCAAACCAGCGUUUGGAACCAACCAGGAAGACUAUGCAAGCUACAUCAUGAAUGGUAUUAUUAAGUGGGGUGAUCCAGUAACAAGGGUAUUGGAUGAUGGGGAGCUGCUUGUUCAACAAACUAAGAACAGCGACCGCACUCCCUUGGUUAGCGUUCUUCUAGAAGGUCCCCCCCACAGUGGGAAGACUGCUUUAGCAGCAAAAAUAGCAGAAGAAUCCAACUUUCCCUUUAUCAAGAUCUGUUCUCCUGAUAAGAUGAUCGGAUUUUCUGAAACGGCUAAGUGCCAAGCUAUGAAGAAGAUCUUUGAUGAUGCAUACAAGUCCCAACUCAGCUGUGUUGUCGUGGACGACAUUGAGAGACUUCUAGAUUAUGUCCCAAUUGGACCACGGUUCUCUAAUCUGGUCUUGCAAGCCCUUCUUGUACUGCUAAAGAAGGCCCCCCCUCAGGGUCGCAAGCUUCUAAUCAUUGGAACCACCAGUCGCAAAGAUGUCCUGCAGGAAAUGGAAAUGCUGAACGCUUUCAGCACUACGAUUCAUGUGCCUAACAUUGCAACAGGGGAGCAGCUGAUGGAGGCUUUGGAGCUCCUGGGUAACUUCAAAGACAAGGAACGCAGCACUAUUGCACAGAAUGUCAAAGGGAGACCUGUCUGGAUUGGUAUCAAGAAGCUGCUGAUGCUGAUAGAAAUGUCAUUACAAAUGGAUCCUGAGUAUCGGGUGAAAAAAUUCUUGGCUCUUCUGAGAGAAGAAGGAACGUAUCACAGGGAAUAGUUGAGCCCAGUCUUGACAAUGGCAUCUCCUAGAAAAUGACUUUCUAAUACAUGUAGGGCAGUACCUGUGCUGGGGAAACUCACAACAGUAUCUAUCCUGGCUACAUGUGAGUGGGUUCCAGUGUGUGCUUGAUGCUUUUAUACAUGUGCAUGCUUUCUUGAUGGAUUUGGCUUCUUUUGCAAGAGUUCCUUCCCUAGACUGAAGGUGGACCAAGUGCAAGAUCAACAGCUGGAAAAGUGACCAACCUGGAGAAUAUACACUGGGAUCUUUACUCUUCUAUGUUCAACACACUGGACAAAGUGAAAUGCUUCCCUGUUUCCAAGAACCCAAUGUGGAAUCUGCAUGUAUCUUUAUUCUUCGUCUUUAAUAUAAUGAUGUCAUGUGGAAGUGUCUUCUAGAACACUGUGCUUCUGUCUCUGUGCAGGCAAGGCUGCGUUCUCAUUUGAUUUUAGCAUGGGGGAAAUGUCCUGUAAGUUUUGAAGCUAACGCUCACUUGUGUCCAGCAUCCAGUUGCUAUGAUAGGAAAGAAAUCCUGACUUCUAAUAAAACCUGACAGUCUGUGGUGAAGGCAUAUUAAAGUACUACUGUCUUAUCCCGAUCUGAUGAACAGUUUCUUGUUAUGUCAUCCUAUGCUUCAUUGAACAUUGAGCCAGGCUGAUAAUCUGAAGACAGUGCCCACAAUAAUUCAGCUCCAGAAUGCCUAGAUGCUAGUACCUGCUUUCUUUUAUAUGCAGGUAUUUUGUGGCUCGAUGAGAGACUGGCUAGUGGCAUUAAGGACUGGAAGAAGGCAGGGAAGUAUGUUGAUCAGAGUAGAGGAAACUUCCAAAUCCAGUAUUUAAGGCAUGAAAGCUUGUUGUUAAUUCAACAACAGUUCUAGAGAUGCUGAUUCCAGCCUGAAAGAUCUUCAUGAGUGCAAUAUAGAUGGCAGCUUUGGUAUUAGCCAGCCUCAUUAUAUCCCAUUUUUUUGCCAUGUUACCAAAGGUUGAAAUUCCUCCUUAGAGAUAGAGAGGAAGCCAAGCUCUGCAGAUGCACGAGAUAUGUAUUGCCAUGUUUUUGCACUGAAAUAAAGGAAUGUAUCAAACUUUGCUAUGUGGUUGUUCCCCAAUAAUCAUCUCACAUCAAUGAGAUGCUGUCGAUGAUGACUGCAUGAGGCUACUCCCCUCUGGUUCUUUGGCUCCACAUGUUUAGUAAGGUUCAUGGAACAUACCUCAAUUUGGUGGGGCAUGAAAUCAAAGCCAUUUUUGAGCUCUUAGUCAGUGUAGCUUUCUAAACUUGACCAGGCACGCUGCUAAGGGCUAGCAGCUUUACCCAAAGCAGUGUUCCCAGGGAAAGAGGGUGCUUCACAUUCUUUCAGGCCCAAAGGUGAAGGUACUGUAGUCCUUAGCGCAUACUUACAGCAGUUGGCAUAUUUUAGUCACUCCACUCUGGUUUCUUUUCCUUUGGCAAUGCUGUUGUAUUGUGAUGACAUUGCGAGUCCUGGUGGUUAUUAUUCCCUCUCAUUUUGUGUACGAUCUUGUGAAUUUAUUUGUUCCUUUCUUUCCUCUGCUAGUCCUAGUGACAGCAGCACACAUUAACUUAUAUUUCGGAGUAAAUGAUGUAAACCUUAUUGUGUCUUUGUCCAGAACUAUUGAUGAAUAAAUACCUGGUUUAAUUGCACAUUCAAUGGAUUCAAUAAAAAGCACAACUACUUGUGAUGA